CAUCUGGUCACACUCCCGAUAACUACGAAUAAUUGUUCAUAUAAAUAAAAUAAAGGAGAAAAUAAAGCGCCUGAAAAUGAGUGGAGCUCACAGGGAGGCCAUUCAAAAACAGAUUCAUCAGGACUGGGCAAACAGGGAAUACAUCGAAGUGAUAACUGCCAGCAUAAAGCGUAUAACCGACUUUCUAAACUCUUUCGAUAUGUCCUGUCGUUCGCGGUUGGCGGUACUGAACGAAAAACUAACCAUCCUGGAGCGGCGUAUAGACUACUUGGAGGCCUGUGUCGCACAAGGGGAGACAUUAACGUAAACACGUUUGCAGGUUCACCCCGCAUAUUAACCCUAAGCUUUGUACAUUUAUAAGAUAAUUAAAAAAUACCAAUAACAUA